CGGGGCGCGCGCACGCACGCAGGCAGCGUGGGCUGAGCCCGGCCGGGAACCCGCGCCCCAGCACCCCGGCCCGGCCGAGCUGGCGUGGGCGCCGCACCUGGCGCGCUCAGGAGCACCUUCUCCCAUAAUUUCCUGAGAGCAAGAACAAGCAAGCGACUGCUCACCGAUGCUGACGCAGUUCAUCUGGACUCUGCAGCGAAGGAUGGCGUUUGGGGACCGGCUGCUGAGUGGGCGUCUUUGGAUAAGACACCGCAUGUCCCCACGGAGUUCCUGGAAAUAAGUUGGAUGUGUUUGACUCUCCAGAACUGGCCGCCAUGACUGAGGAGGGGGAGCAGACACCCUCCUCCAGGCCCGGGAGCCCGGACAAGGAAGGUCAGGUCCAAGAGGAGAAGUGGAUGCUGCAUCAGAGACUGGCGGUUCGCGAGCUCAUCGACACAGAGGUCUCCUAUCUGCGCAUGCUCCAGCUGUGCGCCUCUGACAUUAGGGGCCGCCUGCAACAGCUGCCGCAACAUGAUCUGGAUGUCCUGUUCUCCAACGUAGAUGAGAUCAUCAAGGUGAAUAGCAGGCUUCUUCAUCGUCUGCAGGAGGAGACCACUGCCACCGAGGAAGAGCAAGUGCAUUUAAUUGGUAACUUAUUCCUGGAAUUCCAAGAGGAUCUGGAGCGAGUCUAUAAGGUUUACUGUGCCAACUAUGACCAGGCUUUGCUGCUGGUGGAGUCUUACCGGAAGGAUCCAGAGCUGCAUCGGGAGAUCCAGGAUGCCAUUGAGGCUGCUGUGCCACACGCUGGACCCUCGGGCCUCAGUUUCUUAUUGGUAAUCCCUCUGCAGAGGAUUACCAAGUACCCACUGCUGCUGCAGAAAAUCCUGGAGAGCACCCUCCCUGAGGCCAGUGCCUACCCUGUCCUGCAGAGGGCUUCUUCUGCCCUCCAGGACCUGAACACCAACAUCAAUGAGUACAAGAGGCGCAAGGAAGUGGCCUCCAAGUACGCCAAGACGGAGUCGCUGACGCUGCGGGAGCGGCUGGCCCGCAUCAACACGCACACCCUGUCCAAGAAAACCACGAGGCUGAGCCAGCUGCUGAAGCAGGAGGCGGGGUUGGUGUCGAGGACGGAAGACAAGGCAUUUGAUGAGUUAGAAGAGAAGUUCCAGUGGGUGUCGCUGUGUGUAAACGAGCUGAAGAGUAACGUGGCUGCUUACCUGGAUAACCUGGAGGCUUUCCUCCGCUUUCAGCCGCAGGACUACGCCCUGGACAUGGCCAGCGGCCCCGUGGUGGAGUACUGCUGCCUGGCCAGAGACCUCCAGCUGCAGGCCUUUCCCGAGUUUAAGCAGCGUCUGGAAGGCCUGGUGUGGAAGCCUCUGUGCAGCCUGGCCAAAGCCCUGACCGGCCCUCAGAACUUGAUCAAGAAGCGCCUGGACAAACUGCUGGACUUCGAGCGGGUGGAAGAGAAGCUGUUAGAAGUGGGGAGUGUGACCUAUGAGGAGGACGCAGCUCGGCACACGUACCAGGCGCUCAACUCCCUGCUGGUGGCUGAGCUCCCCCAGUUUAACCAGCUGGCCCUGCAGUGGCUGGGCCACAUCCUACGAACUUUUGUGGCACUCCAGGGGGACCUGGUGAAGCAGGUGCUGGAGAAGGCAGAAGGCAGCGCGGCCCAGCUGCCGCACUACCUUGUCUCUGACCUGGACUUCAGGCAGCUGCUGGAGGAUACACUAGGCCAGGCGGGAAACCAGCUUCGUUCCUUUCAAGAGAACUUCGAGAAAGUGCUGCCACCUGCCACCAUACAACCUCUCCCACCAGGCACCGAGCGCCUGAUGCAGGCUCUUCUGAGCAGGUACGGCCCCGGGAAGCUGUACCAGCUGACAGGCAACGUCAGCGGGACGGGACCCAUGGACCUGACACUACUGCAGGGGCAAGUCGUGGCCCUCCUUCAAAACAGGGAUACCAAAGGCAACAGCAGCCGCUGGCUGGUGGACACCGGGGGCCAUCGAGGCUAUGUGCCUGCCAGGAAGCUGGAGCCAUACCAGGCAGUUCCCAGAGAGGAGGAGAGAGGCGGGCUUCCUGAUGACACCCGAUGUCUCACACCAGAGCCUGCUCCAGCUCCCACACCUGCUGUCCCUGUCACCUCUGGGCCCAUCCCCACUGUCCCCACCAUGACCCAGGUGGUGGUGGCGUACCCCUUUGUGGCCAGAAGCAGCCAUGAAGUGAGUCUGCAGGCUGGCCAGCUGGUGACCGUCGUGGAGGCCCAGGACAAGAAGGGGAACCCAGAAUGGAGCCUGGUGGAGGUGGAUGGGCGGCGGGGCUAUGUGCCCUCUGGCUUCCUGGUCCGGGACCUGAGCCCGGCACCCUGGGGCUGGAGUCUCCCCAAUUAGUCU